CCCGCAACCACCACAAAUUGCUGCUCGCUGCUACUCCCCUCCUCCUCGCCGUCAUGAGUCUCCUCUCUCCCAUCUACAAUCUUCCCAACCAUGUUUUGGAGAAACAAAAAAUGUACCAGAACAACACCAAGCCCAUUAUGCUGCGUGGGCCCAGGUCCAAUCUCUACGUCGGGACUUUCGGUGUUCUAUUUGGCGUUGGAAUGUUAGGCACGCUCUAUGGAGCAUACUCCCUGACUAAGGGCAAGCCGUCGGAAUCUUAAUAGAUUUUUCUAGAGACGUAAUUGUACUGCAAGCAAGCAGAUGUGCAAUGAAUUCUAACCUGAGAGUUGCA